AUGUCGGAAAUUAAAGCAAAUGAAUUAAAUGAAAGCAUGGAAGGUAUUGAUUUACUAGAAUAUUGUUUCUAUCAUAAAUUUCUCUUAGUAGAAGAGCUGGUACUACAAAAAAACUUUCUAAAAUUACACCAUGGACGUUGCACUGUGAUCGGCAAAUUGAAUCAACACCAAAAUGGUUAUCCCGUACUGGAAAAUAUCAACUUAUCAUCAAUACUACCCAGGGCCUGCAAUCUACCGGAAGGCACAGUAAAUUUGCGUUUAUUUAAAUUCGUCACCACAGACGUUGAAUUGAAAAUUGGACAAUAUUGUGAAGUUUGUGGUGAAGUGGUGCUUUGGAACCCCAAUAGCUCGCGUGACAACUGGUUGUCAAUGACACCUCGUGGAGCACUUGAGUUAGAAUUGACAAAUUGUGAUAAAACGAAUAGAAACCAAAUGCUUGAGGGGUUACACCGGACGUACCUCCCGGCAAUUAAUAUAUUUAAGAUCGAUUACAUCGAUUGUGCCGUUGAACUCAUUCAAAGACAUUUAAAAAUUCGACUUCUUACUUCGAAUCACAAAAGUGAUAAAUAA